AGAAUUUCCGGAGCAUGAGGCCCAGAAAUCAGGAUUUUAAAAAGAUUCCCAGGUGAUUUUAAUGUGCAGCCAAGGUUGAAAAACACUGACUUAGAAGCAUUCCUAUUUAAAGGACAAGACAAGCAAUUCCGCUGUCAAAUAUCACUGAUACUAUUAGAUGAUCUAUAAGUGUGAAUCAGUGCAAUUAAAUAAGAGGGAAAAGAGUAUGAAUAUUUAAAAGCCCCCCCCCCACCACCAAUACUGUUAUACACCCGAGGAGGGAGAUGGAUAAAAUAAAUGGAAAUGAAAUAUAGAAAAAUUCAGUAAAGAAUCUGCUUCGUGAAUUAAUAUUGAAGAAGCAAUAGCCGGUAGACAGAGCGGCCGGUUAGUGAAUUAAUAUUGAAGACGCGAUAGCGGGUAAAGGGAGCGGCCGGUUAGUGAAUUAAUAUUGAAGACGCGAUAGCGGGUAGACGGAGCUGCCGGUUAGUGAAUUAAUAUUGAAGACGCGAUAGCGGGUAGACGGAGCGGCCGGUUAGUGAAUUAAUAUUGAAGACGCGAUAGCGGGUAGACGGAGCUGCCGGUUAGUGAAUUAAUAUUGAAGACGCGAUAGCGGGUAAAGGGAGCGGCCGGUUAGUGAAUUAAUAUUGAAGACGCGAUAGCGGGUAGACGGAGCGGCCGGUUAGUGAAUUAAUAUUGAAGACGCGAUAGCGGGUAGACGGAGCGGCCGGUUAGUGAAUUAAUAUUGAAGACGCGAUAGCGGGUAGACGGAGCUGCCGGUUAGUGAAUUAAUAUUGAAGACGCGAUAGCGGGUAGACGGAGCUGCCGGUUAGUGAAUUAAUAUUGAAGACGCGAUAGCGGGUAGACGGAGCGGCCGGUUAGUGAAUUAAUAUUGAAGACGCGAUAGCGGGUAGACGGAGCGGCCGGUUAGUGAAUUAAUAUUGAAGACGCGAUAGCGGGUAGACGGAGCUGCCGGUUAGUGAAUUAAUAUUGAAGACGCCAUAGCGGGUAGACGGAGCGGCCGGUUAGUGAAUUAAUAUUGAAGACGCCAUAGCGGGUAGACGGAGCGGCCGGUUAGUGAAUUAAUAUUGAAGACGCGAUAGCGGGUAGACGGAGCUGCCGGUUAGUGAGUUAAUAUUGAAGACGCGAUAGCGGGUAGACGGAGCGGCCGGUUAGUGAGUUAAUAUUGAAGACGCGAUAGCGGGUAGACGGAGCGGCCAGUUAGUGAAUUAAUAUUGAAGACGCGAUAGCGGGUAGACGGAGCGGCCGGUUAGUGAAUUAAUAUUGAAGACGCCAUAGCGGGUAGACGGAGCGGCCGGUUAGUGAGUUAAUAUUGAAGACGCGAUAGCGGGUAGACGGAGCGGCCGGUUAGUGAAUUAAUAUUGAAGACGCCAUAGCGGGUAGACGGAGCGGCCGGUUAGUGAUUAAUAUUGAAGACGCGAUAGCGGGUAGACGGAGCGGCCGGUUAGUGAAUUAAUAUUGAAGACGCGAUAGCGGGUAGACGGAGCGGCCGGUUAGUGAAUUAAUAUUGAAGACGCCAUAGCGGGUAGACGGAGCGGCCGGUUAGUGAGUUAAUAUUGAAGACGCGAUAGCGGGUAGACGGAGCGGCCGGUUAGUGAAUUAAUAUUGAAGACGCGAUAGCUGGUAGACGGAGCGAAGAGGGUGGAGGGGUAGCAUACGGGUAUUAGCGUGACCUGGUAUGAACGAACGUGACCCCACGCAUGCGCCAGGGUAUCGGGAAGCGCAUGCGCUGGGUGCCAGGAUGCCCAGAAUUCCCCGCGUCUAAGCCUAAACCGCCAGUCAGCGCCACUCUCUGCCCUUCGCGCCUUUUCCGCGGAGCGGAGCGGAGCGCGAGCCCUCCCCGGCCUGGGGCCUCGCGCUCUUUCUCUCAGCUUUUCCGCCACCUUCCGGCUGCCCCGCCCUGCGCUGCCGCCUGGUCUAGCCGCGAAAGCCUCGUCAGAGCUCUCAGCCAUGGCUUCAAACAACUUUAUCUACAUCACCCCAGAAGACAUGGAGGAGGCUGUCGAGUUAAUGGAAUUACACCAGGUACACCUAGAGACUAUUGCUAUGCAGGAUAUCGCUGUGGACGAUUUUGCUUUGGAGAAUAUUGACAUGGAGAGUCUCGCAGUCGAGAGUAUCCCUUUGGAGAAUAUCUCCAUGGACAAUAUCUCUUUGGAGAAUAUCUCCAUGGACAAUAUCCCUUUGGAGAACAUCGCUAUGGAGAAUAUUCCUUUGGAGAAUAUUUCUUGGGAGAAUAUCCCUUUGGAGAAUAUCGCGAUGGAGAAUAUCCCUUUGGAGGCUAUCUCUGAGGCGAAUGUCGCUGUGGAGAAUAUCCCUUUGGCGGAUAUCUCUGAGGCGAAUGUCGCUGUGGAGAAUAUCCCUUUGGCGGAUAUCUCUGAGGUGAAUGUCGCUAUGGAGAAUAUCCCUUUGGCGGAUAUCUCUGAGGUGAAUGUCGCUGUGGAGAAUAUCCCUUUGGCGGAUAUCUCUGAGGAGAAUGUCGCUGUGGAGAAUAUUCCCCCAGAGCUCACAGCGAUGGAAACCGUUGAGUACCAGGAUAUCAGCGGCAGUUGGGUCCACGGUGGCCACCACAGUUCACCUCUGAUGGCGCUGCAGCCGUUCCUGGUUAACCCGAACAAAGGGAACCACGACCAGGAAAUGAUCAUGGUGCAGACCCAGGAGGAAGUCGUGGGCUAUUUCGAGUCCGACAACGAGCAGGCUAGCAACUUCCAGGAGCAGCCGGUGCCUGUCCCGGUGGAAGAAGAAGCCUACUUCCAGGAAACUCCGACUUCCCUGUCAGACUCCGCGGCAUCAUCGCUCAAGAAGCCCAAGAAGCUCCGCAUCGGUCAGCAAAGCGCCGCCAGCCACGAUCAGCAAAGCACCACUAACGGCGGUAUGAAAAGCACCACCAGCAACGGGAAGCAAAGCAAGAAGCACGGCAGCCACGGCAAAAAGCUCCGCAUUGGCCAGCAAAGCGCCACCGGCCACGGUAUGGAAAACGCCGGCAAGGGUAAGAAACGCACCGCCAAAAGCGCGGCCGGGGCGGCGGGAGGCAGCGGCUCGGAGGAAGGCAACAGAAAGUGGGAGCAGAAGCAGGUGCAGGUCAAAACCCUAGAGGGUGAGUUCGCCGUCACCAUGUGGUCCCAAGCUGGUGAAAGCGAUCAGGAGAUUGAAGGACAGAGUCCGGUGAACUUACCGGACUUAGCUCCUGAUUAUUCAGAGUAUUUGACGGGAAAGAAACUUCCUCCUGGAGGAAUACCUGGCAUUGACUUAUCAGAUCCCAAACAGCUGGCAGAAUUUAUUAAAGCGAAGCCCAAAAAGUGCAAAGAUGACAUUCCAAGAACAGUACCUUGCCUUCAUAAAGGCUGCGGAAAGAUGUUCCGGGAUUCCGCUUCUAUGAGAAAACAUCAUCACACCCACGGUCCUAAAGGCUACAUAUGUGCAGAAUGUGGCAAAGGUUUUAUUGAGAGCUCAAAACUAAAACGGCAUCAACUGGUGCAUUCUGGAGAGAAGCCCUUUCAGUGCACAUUUGAAGGCUGCGGAAAAUACUUUUCCCUGGAUUUCAAUUUGCGUACACAUGUGAGAAUCCAUACAGGUGACAGGCCCUAUGCCUGCCCCUUCGAGGGUUGUGAUAAGAAGUUUGCUCAGUCAACUAACCUGAAAUCUCAUAUCUUAACGCAUGCUAAGAACAAAUAGCCAGUGAAAAGGAGAAAAGAUCCUUUUUUGAUUCUUAUAUAUCUAAGGGUCAUGUUUUCAUAGAUUCGUUUAAAAAGUUAAAAAUAUAUGUUUAUGUUGUUAAGAUGUCAUGUUUUAAUAGAGUAGUAAAAGUUAAAGGUUAAAAAAGUGAAAAAAAGGUUAAAAUAUGUAUAAGAUUACAUUGUUCUGUAAUAUCAUUUGGAAAACAUGGUGUUUUGUCAAGUUUGAUCCCAAAAAAGGAUAAUUCAUAGACUUCACAUCAAAAGACUUUUUAUGCAACUGUGCUUAAAAUGGGACUUUUCAUAUUCAAGUUCACCUAUUUACAAAUUUUUAAAGUUCUGUAUUUUCCAAAUGUUCAUGUUUAUACUUUUAAGAAUAUGUUUAAUAAUUCUAUGUGUGGUUUUUAUGGAAGUUGAUAACUGCUUACUGUAGAUUUUGUUUAUGAGAAUGAACGGUCAUAUACAUACAUGAAGUAUUUUCCUGUUUAAAAAGAGGUUAUAUAGGUUUUGUUUGCUAUCUUAAUUUUGGUUUUAUUCUUUGCUAUUAACAUAUUUUGCAUAACUAUCUUUUAGCUGCAUGAGUGAUGUAUAUGUAGUAUUGAAUAGUAGAUGUGGUUAGUACUGUUCGUCAAUUUAAACCCAUUUUAGUCAAUUUAAACCCAUUUUAGUCAUUUUAUUUCUAAUACUGCCAAAUAGUGUUAUUUAGUGUAAUUUCUUUGCUUCUUCGAUUAGAAAGUGCUGCUCAAUUGUAGUUGUAUUGUUUUUAUAAUGACUUUUAUAACAUUUGAUAUGUACACCUUAUAUAAUAGAAAAAGCAAAAGUGAAAUACCUGUUCUAAAUAAAGAAAAAAAACACUUGCCUGUAUAAAUACCAUAGCUAGAAAACAGGGAGGAUGCUACUGGCAUCUGGGGAGUAGAAGCGAAACAUCCUGCAAUGCAUAAGGAAUUAUCUGCCCCAAAAUGCCAAUAGUAAGAAAACCUGCUCUAGAGAAAGUAAAAUUGUAAUGUAUUCCUUUAAUGUACUUAUAAACAUUAGUGGACAAGAGGUUGUUUAAAUAAAGGAAAUGUGUUUUCAACCACCGUUGUUGCUUCUUAACCAUCAUGGGCAAAUUGGGACUCUAGGGGGGUGGUCUGGUACAAGUUGCAUCCCUGUCUCAAGAGAGGAGGGGAGAGGAGGUUGCCCAAAUAAUCAGGAAUCAGUGCUGCUGAAUUACCCGCUGAUUUGUUCGGAGGGAGAGUUAAUGAGGAUGCAAGCAUCUAGGUAAUCCUGGUAGGCUUUUUCAUCCUGGCUUGGAAGGAAAAGCUGAAUUUAGCACAUAUAAUGGUCACAAAGCUUA